AUGCUUGAGUUUGCUUGCGGCGAUAGCGUUGCCCCAAAGGCAGCUGGCACUUCGGAUGUGUCCUUCUUUUUUCCCCAUCCCCACCCCUGGCCCUGUCCUCAGCCGCCCUCGACCUUUCGCACUCGUGACUGGCUGGCCAGCUCGCCCGGCUAGCUGCAGCAGGUUUCUGAUUUCCUGUGACCUCUUCUUGCCUCGCGCCGCCCAGGUCUUGGCAGCCGAGGCUGGCCUACCUCCCAGUCGUUCCUUCAUGGGAUUUGCUGCCCCCUUCACCAACAAGCGAAAGGCUUACUCGGAGCGUAGGAUCAUGGGGUACUCGAUGCAGGAGAUGUUUGAAGUGGUGUCCAAUGUCCAGGAGUAUCGAGAGUUUGUGCCGUGGUGUAAGAAGUCGCUAGUGGUAUCCAGCCGUAAGGGUCACCUGAAAGCCCAGCUGGAGGUCGGCUUUCCACCUGUCUUGGAACGUUAUACCUCUGCAGUCUCCAUGGUCAAACCACACAUGGUCAAGGCUGUCUGCACUGACGGCAAGCUCUUCAACCACUUAGAGACUGUUUGGCGGUUCAGCCCUGGCAUUCCUGCCUACCCUCGAACCUGCACUGUGGACUUCUCGAUUUCCUUUGAAUUCCGUUCUCUGCUGCACUCCCAGCUGGCCACCAUGUUUUUUGAUGAGGUGGUAAAACAGAACGUUGCUGCCUUUGAGCGCCGGGCAGCCACCAAGUUUGGUCCAGAAACAGCCAUCCCCCGUGAACUGAUGUUCCACGAAGUGCACCAGACUUGAGACAAGGGACUGUCCCCUUUCCUCCACCCCCUGUUCCCACCCAAUUUUUAUUUAUUUGGUUUGGCUCUUGCU